UACACCAUUUUAAAAAAAUUUAAUUUUCUUUUAUUUUCAAUAGACCCAAUAAACAAUGUUUUCUCUGGCAUUCAAUUUCGAAUUCGUUGGCAUGAUCCUGGACAUUUACCUGUUGAACUUGCAAAGUUGGAAUUAUUUUCAAGUGACUCUGGAGGGCAUUUACUCACUCGACUAGAUAUAAUUAAAGACGAAAAGAGGGGAAUGAUUGAUAAAAACAGUUCAAUCGUUUCAAUGAUGGCACAAAUACCCGAAGGGCUUCGUUGUAAUCUUUGUACACUCCGUUUAAGUGUAGAAUUGGAUGAACGAAUUCAACUAGUUAGUUGUGCCCAAGUUAGUGUAAAACCUGCAGAAAAGGGAGUAGAGGAGGUUGGAGAGGAGGGGGAGAAAGAAUGCAAAGAAAACAAAGAAUGUUUAUUUGGAGGAAGUUGUUUGGAUGGAAAUUGUUUUUGUUUAAAUGGAAGGUUUGGGGAAUAUUGCAAAAAUGGUAAGGUGGAUUUGAAGGGGGGUUUGAGGGAUUUUUUAAGGGGAUUUGACUCGGUUUAGGGGAUUUUUUUGCUCUAAGAGAGGGGUUGUUUCCAAGGUUUGACUCGAUUUCAAAAAAUCGAGCAGUUC